UGUUGUUUGGCUAAAGAUGGCGUUAGCGGCUAACCCACUCGAUUGCAGUUUGUUUCACAAAAAUUAUUCGGCCAGUGGUAACAAAACAUUGAUAAAAUAGAGAUUUAAUUCGUCAUUUUGUGUGUAAAAAAUAUAUUACACCGAGAAAAUACACGUCCACUUGGUCGAUUAACGUUUGCUUGGCCUUCUUACGAUGUAGGCCAGUUUUAAAGGGAGCGGACCGAAGCCGUCGGAACUCCAUAUCCCGUCGGGGAGUGCGGCGUCAGGCGGUAACACUUUCCUUUUUCAUGCUGGUAUCUGUAGUUCUUACCACACAAGUCGCUUUUUUUCCGGAAACUUUAAAGACAAUGAACUAAACCAAGAGUUGAGUAUAUCUAAGUGGAAAGGACAUGGUAUAUAAUUUCUCUGUGUUUUACUGGAAACGUCCAGUGAUGCCUCGCGGCGCCUAUGAUAUUUGUUUUAAUUGAGGAGGACAAAUUAAAAAUAAGUACACCUGUUACCUGGAAAUCCGGGGGGCCAUGGCUGCAUCACCUGCAGAAUGUGACAGAAAAAACCCGAGAACACCCUCCAGGGAAGGACAACCAUCACCAGAGUCUUCUUUGACCUGGUGCUUGACUCACAUCUCCAAAUCUGGAUCGGGGUCUGAGCGUCAGGGACAGUCAGGCUCAGGCGGUGCCAGAGAAACGGACAAGAAGUCCAAAGUCUCCCAGUGGCGAGCGCUUGUUGCUAUUAGGACGCAGCACAUCAAGGGCGGCAAGGCUGGCAUUGCCAGAUUCAGAGGUCAGGGUGGUCUCCGGCACCUGUUGGAUCUGAUUAAACACCCAGAGUGCUCGAGGAAAACUCUGGAUCUGGCUCUUAGCAUCCUCGGCAACUGCUGCACUGAGCUGGAGACACGAAUAGAGGUGCGUAAACUUGAUGGGAUAAAUAUUGUAGUGGACAUCCUUAAGAAAAAUGUGGCACUGGAGACAGUCCUGAACCGAGCAGCCCGCGCUUUAGGGAACUUGGCCAUGGAUCCAGAAAGCUCUGCACUCAUCCACUCUGCCGGUGGUGUUCCUCUUCUCCUUCUCUGCGUGUCUCUUUCAUCUGCACCGUCCUCCCCCACAGCUGCUCCACCCAAAGAUGCCUGUCCCAAACUUGAGUGUGCUCAGUCUGCUACUCGAGCCCUUCUCUACCUCUGUGAUACGCCCUCUAAUCGCCUUUCAUUGCUCACCCAAGGGACCCUAUCUGCGCUCACCCCUCUUAUUGCACCAGAGUAUCCCCAGGGGUUGAGGCGAGCAGCUCUCAGGACUCUCCAUGAGCUCACCCGGGGCUGUGGUGUUGAAUGUGCCAGGGAGGUGUCUCGUUCCGGGGUCCUCGCUCAGCUGGGUGUCAUGGCGACAGGAGAGUCUGGUAAACCCUUUGAAGAGUUGGCACUGAAAACAUUAGCCAAUAUGUGCUCUCAGGGUUGCCUACGGCCUCUCGUGGGGUCACUGGGAGUCAUCCAGAAGUUCACAGAGGAGGUUAAAAGGGACCCACUGAAGUCAGGAGUCUUCCUCAAGGCUCUGUGCUUGUGCUGCAAAGAGGCCGUGAACCGGGCCAAGGUGAAAGAGAGCGGCGGACUGGAGGUACUGAUUGGCUUUUUGUCAGCUCAUCAAAGUCAUCCUCUUUCCCGGCUCGCUCUUAUGGCCUGUGUAGACUUUGUUUUUGAUGAAUCUGCCAUGGAGCAGCUGCAGGAGUUGGGGCUGGUUCCUCUUCUUGUUGCACGGCUAGUUGAGCUCACCAGAGGAGAGGAGCCAUUGACUGAGAAGAUGGACGUGAGCCUCUCCUCAAGUACGUCUCCCACCGAGCUCCUGUCUUCAUCAUGUUUUGAUUCCUUUGAUUUUCCUCCUCCCGAGGGACACAAAAAGGAAGAAUCUGGUAGGGAGCAGGGCUCAUCCAGCUUUUUAAGUCUCAGGUCCUGGUUGGUGUCUGAGGGUUUGAUAGCUUCUGAAGGGGACCUUCUAGAUUCUUCUAAUGUUGAUGGAGAAUGGGGGAGUCUUCAGAUCCCGCCAUCUUCAUCACCUCAAACCCCUUCCUCAAACCCGUAUUCUAGUUCCUCUCUUAAAAACUCUUCUUCACCCAACCCAGCUAUUUCUUCUGCUUCUAAAAAAGCACCUCACUCUUCGCCUUUGUCUUCAUCAUCAUCAAAAGUCACCGAUCUGCCUCCCUCCAAUGCGCUCUCACCACAAACCCAGCCUAGUUCCUCCACCAUCUCCUCUCCCACUAAAACAAGCCAAACCCCCGUUUCUCCAUCCAAGUUUUCAUCCCCACUCAGACGCAGGCCGCGGGCUCAAUCAACAACGUCUUUGACUAAAGUCACACUUGAGACUCCUCCAUCUGUGCCUCGCGCAUCAGCUUUCCAUCACCCUUACCACCCCGAACCCUGGACGCCAGAGUCACCCAUCCUGCUGCUGCUGUCGCGCUUCUCCCACGCCACCGAUCCAAGUGCUGCUCUGGUCAGCUCAGGCGUCAUGUCCGGCUUGCUCUUUUACCUUACCCAGCGUGAGGAUCCCAGCAGCAGGUGCUUCCGCAUGCUUUGCCGGCUGAGCUGCAACCCGAACUGUUUGCAGUCGCUUGUCCGAACGGGUUCUGUAGCGCUCAUUCGCCACCAUCUCUGCCAGAGAGAAGAAGGAUUUGAAGGAGGAGACAGGCAGACGGACAGAGUGAAAGCCAAAGUUAAACAGCUUGGUGUGGCCCUUCUGAAUAACCUGCGUGUCCAGUGUGAGUCUGGAUUUGGCUCUGGGGUUCUUGCACAUGUGAUGCUGUCUGGCUCUGACUCAGAUAAGCUGAACUGUGCACUGUCUCUGCCAUUAAUCAGCAGCAACAAGUCACUGCUGAAGAAACUUCUUCUGGACAGCGGCGGGCUGCUCUUGGCCCUGCAGCCCCUCAGCUGUGACGACGACGAUGGUGCGGACGAAGACCACCCUGCUGAAUGUGAAAGACUGCUUUCUGACUUUUUGAACUCUCCACAUUCAGGCGUGACCUCACAUCUCCACUCGCUCUACUUCUCUCUCCUGAUUGGAUGCCUGUCUGCUCUCACAGGUACCAUUAAAACAGAGCUUGACAAAAAACAUUCAUUUCCAGUUAUAAGACAGUCGAUCAGUAGCCUUGGCCAUUUUUCUCCGCCUCCCUCUAAAAAAGCUCGGCUGGCAGACACGUGCCCUUACAGCAUCUCGAACUUUGAUCUGCUCUUGCUGCUGGAUGAUGGGACCCAGGUCCCAGCCUGCAGGGAGGCUGUAGCUGGGGUUGAGGGCACAGGUGGGGUCGGCUCUGAGUAUUUCAGGGCCCUGUUGAGAGGUGGAUUUGGAGAAGCUCAGGGCAAUUCAAAAGAAGCUAUCCCCAUUAAAGAUGUCAGCAGAGGUGCAUUAUUACCAGUGCUACAUUAUCUGCAUGGAUGUCGCUUUACUAAGGACGAAGAAACGAUUAAGGAAAGGGAGGAAGGAAGGAAGAGCGGGCAGUGUCAGAUUUUGGACAAAUUGGUGCUCGAUGGUCUAAAGCUCUAUGAAAGCGAGACAGAAGAGCGCUCGGCAGGAAACGUGGAUUUCCAGAAAACUCCGUUAUGUGAGAUGAUGAUUGGAACUUGCAGGUUUUUGGUGAGUGAGCUACAGAGAGACUUAGAGGACCUGUGCGUGUCGUUUCUCCUGUCCUGCUGUCCGAAAGCUGCUAAUCGGACUACAACAGAGGCCAACGCUGAAAAGGAUGCAUCCAAAAUGGACCACGAGUGCCCCGAGUCUGCUGAGGAAAGCCUGGCCAAUCGAACGUCAGAGCUAGAGCUGACAGGAUUUAAGAUGCAAACUGAAAAAACAAAGAAACCAAAUUCCCUGCAACAGACAGACGGUAAGAAAACAGUGGACAAAUCAGUCAGUUCAGAAGAGCUGACUUUAAGACCAAAGAGCUUGAUUAAAGGUUCAGAGCAGCUUCCCAAAUCUGCGGCUCAGAGCUCUCGCUCCUCGGAAACAUUUGCUGAAGGUGGUGUUCUGGCUGCCCUGCUGCCCCAGGUGUACUGGUUUUCCCAGCGGUACAGCUACCCAGCACUGGGCCGGGCUUGCCUGUCCUUGCUGCUGGGCUGUCAGGACUGUCCUCGGCCCUUCCUGUCCUCCUCCAUUGCCGGGGACUGCCUUCGCAGACUGGCCAGAGAAGCUGACUGUGCAGAGACUCUCAAACAAGAUCUGUUAAGUUUGGUCUCCGUAGCUUUGACCUGAGCAAGGAUCGAAAUACUGAUCGAUCGCAUAUUUUAAAGGGGCACAGCGUGAGUUUAAGUGUCUAGAGUUUCCAUUGUCAUAUGUUUAGUAAGCACAUGGAUUAUGUGGUUUACAGCAGCAUGGUUACCUUAAAAAUACGCUGCUCCAGCACUCACAGAAGGAACUGCUGAUUUAUGUUGAUUUAUGUUGAUUUAUUUUGAUCAUUUUGAAGAAUACAUUUCUGUUUAGCUUGGAUGUAAAUGUAGCACGUCCCAGCAUGAUAUACAUCUACUAUAAUUUACUGUUGGUGAAUUUUUCUUUUUCUAUUUUUUUUUUUAACCGGGGAAACGUUAAAGCAGAUGUCUGUCAUGCAUUCGAUAAAAAUAGCUAAAAUUAUGAGGGUUGGAGAUGAAGUGGAAUAGCAGAUAAGCAACGUAUAUACAUUUCAAAUGGCUCAUAAAUUUAUGCCAGUAAAUAUAUUGGUGGAACAUCA